CCUUGGAUAUGGACAGAUUGAUACUAGUUUUUGAAGAGAAAUAAAAAAAUAUAGAAAUUAGUAAAUGACGUCAAACUCUGCAGUGCUUUAAAUCGCGUAGUGGAUUAGUGAUUAUGGCAAAAUUACUAACAGUGUUGGUAAUUAUAGUGAAAGUUUUACUUUCAAACGGGCAAGACCACUAUAUUGACGAGCCUACAGGGUAUCAGCACCCUAUUGAAGAAAAUCCAAAUUAUUCAUAUGGCUAUGGAGUAUCUGAUAGCCACACCGGUGACAUUAAAACCGUUUGGGAAGCUAAAAAAGGUGACACCGUAAAAGGUCAUUACAGUGUGAUAGAACCAGAUGGUUCUAUGAGAUCUGUAGAAUACUCUGCUGGCCCGAAUACUGGAUUUACCGCACCAGUCAAUAAAGAUGGUUUAGAAGCUCUACCGUUGUACGAGGAAGAUGUUAUGGAAGAAAAAGCACUCAGAGAUUAUGAUAGAAACUAUGAUUUUUCAGAAGACGCUGAUAAUGAAAGUUCUUAUAAAACAAACGACAGAAAACGAAAAAGACAUCCAUACGAAUCACUAUUUAAAGAUUAUCCACCAUUAUCGAAACGACCAAAAUAUCCAAUUGAUAUGGAACCCAGUGAAUAUACUCAUAGUUUUAGUAUAAAACAUCAACCACACGACCUUAAUGCUGACGCCAGUGGACAUAGUCAUGUUGGAGUUAGUUUCGAUCCUAAUUGUAAAACAAAAAACAAAAAGCAGAAAAACAAAUAUUAUUCCAACGGAGCUGACUUAGACUUUCAUAAGCAAAAGUACCCUCCUUUAGCAUCAGAUUCGUAUAAUAAUGAUUAUGACAAGUACGUAGGAGAUUCAUCCAAUAUUGAAAUAGAAAAAUUAAUUCACAUGUAUAAGCAAAAAGACCGAUAUAAGCCCUAUAAGCCAGAUGAAUCUAAUAAUUGGUCAUCCAUUAAAAACAGUUAUCCAGAAAUGUCAGACAUCCGUCAUUCAGAAGAUUCUUAUUCGGAUUAUUUACCUCCAAGACCAAAGAAAAAACAUAAGCCCCACAAAACUCAAGAACUUUAUGAGUCCGACGAUUUGGAUGAUUAUGUCUUAGUCCCUAAAAAGAAGCUCAAAAAACCACCGCGAGCUAUAGAACAAUACCACCCAGACUCUGAUGAAGAGUUUGAUGAAGCUUAUGAAGAGGAACGCUUUCACAAACCCCCGCGAGGUGCCCAAACAGAAAUAAUACGAAAAGUCGUAAAGAAAAAGAAGCCUAUAAUAAAUAUUUUAGAUAUAUUUGAUAUUGCGAUCGUAGCUUGCACCCUCCUAGUGGUAGCUCAGGGAGGCCUCAUCGCUAGUCCCCAUGGAGCCAUCUCAUCUCAGAGCAUAGUUUUGGGUCACCCAGCACCCAUUGCCGCUCACGGCAUUGCUCCAGCGUAUGCCGCGCCCGCAUAUGCUGCCCCUGCUUUUGGAUUGGGACUAGGUCAUGGUGCUAUCGUCUCCCACGCACCCGUGCUGCGAGCUCCGUUGGCGCACGCCGUUGCCCCUGUUGAAGUAUAUUCACACCCCCGCUACCAGUUCAACUACGGCGUUGCCGACGGCCACACCGGCGACCAGAAGAGCCAAUGGGAAUCCCGCGAUGGUGACGUCGUAAAGGGACAGUACUCCCUCGUUGAGCCCGAUGGUACCAUUCGUACUGUCAACUACUCUGCCGAUGACCAUAAUGGUUUCAACGCGGUUGUAAGCAGACAAGGCCAUGCCGCUCAUCCCGCGGCUGCAGUUGCGCACGCCCCCGUGGCAAUCGCAGCGCCCUACGGCCACGGCGGCCUCCUCCACGGCUAA